GAUUAGUGGGAUGUAUCUCAAAAUUCAUCACUCGUUACCAUCAUCUCGACAUGUGAAUUUACGAGGAGGAAGGAAGGAAGGAAGACAAUUAUUCCAUCCCUCUUGGUGUUUUCUUCCUUGAUUUCGGCUAUUGGAAUACCCCUGGUACCAGAUAAAUAUCAUCACUCUUGUUUGUAUCAAUCUUCAACAUGCAUACGCAUCCCAGUCCUGACCCUGACUGGAGCUGCUCCUCCUCCUCCUCGACAGAAUCCUUGCUCUCUUCUGAGGAUUCGGGGCAAGACUCUCAACUAGAGCAGCUUCAAGACUCAGUAACCAAGAAGCGUCGACAUGCGAUCUACGUCCACCGACCUCCUAUAUGGCACUACAAGCUGUGUCAGGAUCAGACCUCAUCAUCGACCAUGUCUUCAACCCGAGACGGUAAGAAUUAUGGACUUUCCUCCAACAGCCCAGCGCGGAAUUCAUUUCAUCAGACAAAGCCAAACCUUUGCACCCGUCUCCAUUCCUACAAGGAUAUUCGCCUGGGAGCAGGGGAACAAUGGGCCAUCCAUGAAGGGUCAGUAGUUAUUGGCUUGGGCGCGGAGUAUACCUUGCUUGGUUGUCACGAGAGCCGGCCGGAUCAAUUUGAGGUUGUUGGUGGUGAUGUUUAUGUUAUUUGCUGUUUAUAUGCAGACUUAUGGGCUCUCUGUGCGAAGCUCUCCGUCUAUUCGUUGCCAACCCGCGAUAGCCCCAUGCCGUUGGCCUUUCUUCCUCUAUGUGCCGUGACUUUAGCCGCAAACUUUAGUGCUUUUACACGACGAACUUUGGAAUAUGCACGAGGGGACUUCGUUUUGACCAACUCCAAACACCCGGGAAACGGCCUACCAGUGAUACCGCCGCAACGGUCACAUAGUCUCAACGCUAGUAGGCAGAUAUUCAAUGGACAUCAGUCUCAAAUCUCCCUGCCGCUCACCGUUCACGAUGCCUUCCAAAACCUUUCGCUGAUACCUGCGGAUUCCGACUUUGUGCCACUAGACUCCACCUUGGAGCCCAUCUUUUCGACCCUCACUAGGAGGCCUCGACACUUGCUCCGUGGGUUAGUAACGAGUCGACCAUUCUUAAAGUUCCGUGGAGGUGGCCGCGUGCCGUCUAAACCUUCAUCUUUCCUGUCAUUUUACCACAAGGAUAGGCUCGAGUCGACCGAGGUUGGGUCCCGGCAUUUGCGGACAGUAUGGAACCGCUCUCUGGGGACUAGUCACAGAUAUAAAUGGCUAUCUGUGAAGUCCUCGUGACGUCUUCCUUCCUUGUAUGCCAUCGAAGGCAACGUAUAUGUCGUUAUUAUUCAAGCUACCUCUUAAUAGCAAGGACAGAGGAUGAGAUGAGGUGUAUGUACUAUUGUUGAACAUCAAAACUUUGGCAGAAGAGAGCAUCAAAUGCGGUCAGGUUAGUUUUUAUACUUUUAUACACACA